AUGGCAGGCCAUCCAGAUACACGAGAGGGCAUAGACAGCUACUACUUGAUAGACUCGUCCCACAACUACUCCGCUCCAACCCCAUCACCACUAGACAACCUCCUUUCUCUCUAUGGAUUGGAGCCAAUAGCCAGAUCCUUGGCCAGAACAAAGCCCGAUGGCUCCAAGGGAGUCAAGUUGAGAAAGUCAUAUAAGAAUCACAUCCAAGAUCUUCCAGGAAAGCACCAAAUUCCUGGCCCCAAGACGCUCCCACCAGGGUUGUUAGACCCCAUGGUGGCGCAAGCACCAGAUAUCAUCAAAGAGUUGGACCCUGAGUUGUUGCGAGAAGCGUUGAAGUUUGACAAGACGUCCAUCAACGGGAUUCCAGGGUUCAAUACAGCAGACUUGGCCAUCAACGACCAGCAGAUGUUGAUGAGAGGAGAUGACAUGUCGGAGAACGACGAGUACAAGAAGGGUAAGAGAAAGAAGAAACAAUCAAACGGAGACGUCAAGAGACAGCACAUUUAA